AUGAUUUUGUGCUUGAGUUAAAAAACAAACAAAAAAAAAAGUGGAAAAUAAACCUUUUGUGUUUUAUAUAAUACAAUUUUUUUAAUUGACAAAAAAAAGGAGCUAAAUAGAAAACAUUUUUAAGACAACAUAUUUUUUUAUAUCUCUGUUCUGUUACAACUAACUACUACCAGUUUCCUGCUCGCCGCCUCCGCGCUCCACCCUUGUAGAAAUCCAAAUCAUGAUUUCCAAGAAAAAUUACAGCAACAGUCGCUACCAAAAAGUGAAAAUGUAAGCGAUGACGUUCCUAUAAUCUCUAAUCCGUCGGAUAAUGAAUAUUGAUUUCUUCUCACAAACAAAAAAGGAAAAAUGUGUCAGCCUGACAUCUAAAACGCAUUAAACUACCUGUCUGAAACAGAUAGAGCAAGCAGAAUAUUUUAUUCUACGAAAAACAACAAAACGCGGGACUACACUACACCAUCGCAUAUAUAUAUAACCAAUUAAAAGCGAAAAUGAAUUUUUUAGAAAGAAUAACCUGCACAAAAUGUGACGUACUAAGCAUGUUGUUAAGAUAUUCGUUCUUAGUUAUAAUACUUUCUACAAGUCUGUCAGCAUGGGCACCAGAUUUACGUCCAAAAUUAACACCAAAACAAGAUGUUGUUUUUCGAUAUUUUGGAAAUCAUACAGAUUUUUUUAAAAUUCUUGACUAUGAUCAGACAACCCUUUUACUUGGGGCACGAAAUGCCAUUUUCAACAUCACCUUUGAUGGUCUGCGUGAAAAUUACAAACUCGAAUGGGAAUCAUCGGCUGCCGAUCGAGAGUUGUGUGCUCUUAAAGGCAAACGCGAACAAGAUUGUCAAAAUUAUAUUCGAGUUUUUGCUCGAACAAACGAUGGUCAAAUAAUGAUUUGUGGUACAAAUUCGUAUAAACCACGAUGUCGUCAUUAUGCAAUAACUGGUGACCAGACAUUCGAUUUGGUGAAGGAUGUGGAAGCUCAAGGUCUAUGUCCAUACAGUCCCACACACAAUAGCACAUAUGUUUAUACAGGAAGUCAACUUUACUCAGCAACUGUUGCCGAUUUUUCUGGCAGUGAUCCCUUGAUAUAUCGAGAAAAUCUUCGAACGGAGCAAUAUGAUUUAAAGCAAUUAAAUCAACCGGAUUUUGUUGGAGCUGUCGAAAGGAAUGGCUAUGUAUUUUUCUUUUUUAGAGAAAUCUCAAUGGAAUAUAUGAAUUGUGGAAAGGCAAUUUACUCAAGGGUUGGAAGAGUUUGUAAGAAUGACCGAGGUGGACCUUACACACUAUCGAAAAGUUGGACAUCGUUUUUAAAAACAAGACUAAAUUGCUCUGUUCCAGGGGAGUAUCCAUUUUAUUUUGAUGAAAUACAAGCAACAAGUAACAUCAUAGAAGCACAGGAAGGUACCGAAAAUGGUAGCGAUCUGAUCUAUGCAGUAUUUACAACAUCAAUAAAUGCAAUUCCUGGUUCAGCAAUUUGUGCGUUUUCACUCGAUGACAUAUUGGCAGCUUUUGAAGGACGUUUUAAAUCACAAAAAGAUAGUAAUUCAAAUUGGCUACCCAUACAAUUGGAAGAUGUACCAGAUCCACGACCUGGUUUGUGUGUGGAUGAUUCAAGAACUUUAUCAACUCAGUCGGUGAAUUUUGUCAAAAAUCAUCCUCUAAUGGAGACAGCUGUACCAGCGCUACAUGGACGCCCAUUAUUAACUAAAGUUACAAUGGAUCAUCGUUUGACUUCGAUAGUUAUCGAUGCAAAUGUAUCAGCUUUAGAUAAAACUGUUUAUAACAUUAUAUACGCCGGAACAGAUAAUGGCAGAAUUAUAAAAUUCAUCAAUAUUUCACCAUCUGUUGACAAUCAUGGACGUUUGCAAACUGUUAUUAUUUUCGAAACUCAAGCCCUACCCCUGGGUACACCAGUUCGAGAACUAAUUAUAGCUCAUAAAACUGAAACACUCAUUGUCGUUUCUGAUGGUGAUGUUACAUCGGUUCGAUUGCAUCAUUGUGCAAAUGUGCAACGUUGUGAGGACUGCAUUAGUUUACAAGAUCCGAGUUGUGUAUGGGAUGUUCAUAAUCACGAAUGCAAAGCCCUUACAAACAGUCGUAACUUAACUCCAAUGAUGAUGGAUAGUUAUAUUCAAAGCCUGAAUACAACUGCCAAAAAUACAUUGAGAUUAUGUUCGAAAUAUGGUGAUGUUGGGAAUCGUGUUGAUCAAAAAAAUGGUCCAUUUGUUUCACAAUCGACAAGAGGAACAGUUUCAGGUGUUGGUAAGUCACUUCCGACGUUUGAAGAUGAUGGUUACGAUGUUAAUAAAGGCGUAAAACCGGAGAUAGGUGGAAGUGAUGAUGGUUUUAUCAUUGGAACGUUUAACAAUGAAAAUAAAAUCACUCUUACCUCAGUUGACUCUAAGGAUUUGCUAAAUUCUGUUCCAGAUUCUCUGAAUAUGGAUGAGAGUUUGAGUGAUGAGAAACGUUUGCAGUUAGCUGGAAAAAGUUUUUAUUGGAUUCUUAUCCUCAUAGCACUAACAUCAGUUUUUGUAUUUGGGAUUGUGGUCGGUUUUGCAUCACGUCGAAUUUGCAAAGCAUCUGCAUUUCACGCUGAACACAGAAAUCAAUUAAAUCCAAAACCUCGAUCAUUUACCAAUCGAAAUAGUGGAAAAGAUGUAAACCUUUUAGUAAAUUCAAAUGCAUUUUCCACAGUGCCUUGUAAUAACAAAAAGGAUAAUAUUGACCAGGACUUUGUUGGUGAGAAGGAUCGCAGUCAUGAAUGUAAAAAUUCAACAGAAAAUCUAGAAAAGGAAAUUCCAUGUAAGACCUCAACGUUAACUAAAGUUAAACGAACAUAUAUUUAGUUAAAAUUGUGUGAUAUUCUUUAUUGUUAAUUUUGUUUGGGAUUUAUACUAAUAUCUAAUUUGAUUUAUAAAACAAAACAAAAAAAAUUAUCGAAAUAUUCGAGGCAUUAAUUAGUUAGAUUUUCUGAAAAUCUAUUGAUAAUAAUAUAAAAUUUGGAGAAGAAGUAAAAAAAAAAAAAAAUGUGAUAGGAAUUAACAAGAUUUUUGUUCAAAAUAUUUAAAUUAUAUGUAUAGUCUUUUUUUAAGAAAGCAAAGCUAGCAAAUAUGUCUGAGGUACGAUUUCUCUGUAAAAUAUUUUCACAAAAGAGCUGAUGUUAGUAUGAUAUUAAUGUUUUUUAAUAAGA